CUCGGUUCCUUGUGAUCUUUUGCUUUGAUUUGCUUAUUAAGCAAUUUGUAUUGAGGUACAUUCCAGAGCUUGUUCACUGAUAGAGAUGGCAACAGUCCCAGGGUUGAAGCGGAAGACUUGUUCCUACAGCUUUCACCGUGAACCUUUGACGUCUCUGAUUGAGUUGAGUAACCUUAUGACCAGUGGUAACCAGAAGGGGUUUGUCGACCAGUAUGGAGAUAUUCUGACACUGUUGAAGAUGGUAGUCGAUCCGGUGCCGUUGCAGACUCUUCUACAGUUCUACGACCCAGAGCUUCAUUGUUUCACCUUUCAAGAUUAUCAGUUGGCGCCUACUCUUGAGGAGUACUCCAUUCUGCUGAGUGUCCCGGUCCGGUAUCAGGUUCCUUUCUUGAAUGUGCCCAAGGAGGUUGAUUUCAGAGUUGUUGCCAGAGCUCUCCAUUUGGGUAUCAAGGAAGUCAGUGAUAGUUGGAAGUCCAGUGGGGAUGUUAUAGGAUUGCCUUUGAAGUUUCUGUUGAGGGUAGCUAGAGAAGAAGCAGAGAAGGGAAGUUGGGAAGCCUUUCAUGCUCAGUUGGCCGUCAUGAUCUAUGGGAUCGUCCUGUUUCCGAGUAUGCCCAAUUUUGUUGACUAUGCUGCAGUCAGUAUUUUCAUUGGAGGAAAUCCAGUUCCUACUCUGUUAGCUGACACUUACUAUGCUGUUCACAGUAGGCAUGGUAAGGGUGGGGCUAUCAGGUGUUGUCUCCCGCUUUUGCUCAGAUGGUUCUUGUCUCUCCUGCCAGUCAGUGGACCUUUUGUGGAUGCUCAGAGCACGCAUAAGUGGACUCUGAGGGUUAUGUCUCUUACUUCCUAUGAUAUCAGAUGGCAAUCUUACCGGAUGGAUGUGCGUAACGUCGUUAUGAGCUGUGGAGGAUUCCGUAAUGUGCCACUCAUAGGGACUAGGGGUUGCAUCAAUUACAACCCGGUUCUUUCUCUUCGCCAGUUGGGGUUUGUGAUGAGAGGGAGACCACUUGAGGCUGGGGUAGCAGAAAGUGUGUAUUUUGAGAAGCAGAGUGACCCGGAUAGAUUGGAGCAGAUAGGAAGAGCUUGGAAGUCUAUUGGUAUGAAGGAUGGAUCUGUCUUAGGGAAGAAGUUUGCCGUUGCUAUGCCCGAUUACACUGAUUGGGUCAAGGAGAGAGUAGAAACUUUGUUGUUACCCUACGAUAGGAUGGAGCCGUUGCAGGAGCAACCACCUUUGAUCCUUGCUGAGAGUGUGCCUGCGGAGCACUACAAGCAAGCCCUGAUGGAGAAUCGCCGUUUGAGAGAGAAGGAGCAGGAUACCCAGAUGGAGUUGUACAAAGCCAAAGCUGAUAGUUUGAACUUGGCUCAUCAACUCAGAGGAGUGCGAGAAGAAGAUGCUAGCAGACUGAGAAGCAAGAAGAGAUCCUACGAGGAGAUGGAGAGCAUGUUAGAUGCAGAACACCGGGAGUGCUUGAGGUUGCAGAGAGUUGAGGCCAGCUAUCAGAAGAAGAUCAGAGACUUGGAGAAGCAACUCAGAGAUAAAGACAUCCAGUUGAAGAAGGAAGUAGACUUGAGACAGGCAUCAGAGAACCACCUUGGAGGAGAAGUGGUAGAGCUUAGACGACAACUGAAGGAGAAGAUCACUCUUUUGCCAGAAUGUUCAGAAUGUGACCUGUUGAUAGACUAGUGUCAGUACUUGAAGACUCUCAUUCC